GGAAAGAGGCCACCUGUAAAUGGCAUUCACCCCGCCCUCACUUGCUAGUGCCGGUGUCCCUCCAGGGGCAGGGAGGGGCGCGAUUCCUCAGUAGCUAAAUAGCCAGGUCAGCGGAGCACUGUCCGGGUAGCUACUCGCGUCUCCCCUCUCCACCUCAGGCGUUGGUACAUUCCGAGAUGGCAGCCCUCGUGCUCCGGCGAGCCGUACUCUUCUGGGGCAAGGCUGGGGGUGCGAGAGUGUCCCGCGCAGCGGCAGGCAGAAGAUCUAUUCUUUCUGCAGCUUACGUGGACAGUUCAAAAUGGGAAGAAAGAGAAAAAGAGGUGCACAGCUUGGCGGAAUUGGCCACAUUCAUGGACAGAACCUAUGAAAGAAAGCUUCCUGUCAGCUCUUUGACAAUAUCACGGUUUAUUGACAACAUUUCUUCACGAGAAGAGGUGGAUCAAGCUGAGUAUUACCUUUACAAGUUUCGGCAUAGUCCAAACUGCUGGUACCUGAGAGACUGGACCAUCCACAGCUGGAUCAGACAAUGCUUCAAAUAUGGUGCACAGGACAAAGCCUUGUACACAUUAAAAAACAAGGUACAAUAUGGAAUUUUUCCAGAUAACUUUACCUUCAAUAUAUUAUUGGAUUAUUUUAUAAAGAAUGAAAAUUAUGAAGAUGCUGUGUCAGUAGUUACUGAGAUCAUGCUGCAGGAAAGCUUUGAUGAAUUCUCAACACAGCUUCUCUCCCUCCAUGUCUUAUACCAAUACCUGGCAACCAAAUCAGAAUUUACAUGGGAAGAGGAGAGAAAUCUUGGAGCCUCUCUUUUGCUUACAGGCCUAAAACAGACAAACACUGUGGGUUUUAGCUCCCAGCUGUAUGGCUAUACAUUCCUUGGAAAAGUGGAGUUGCACAAAGGACUGCGAGCUGUGUACCAUCAAAUGCCACUGAUAUGGACACCGGGAUACCUGAACAGAGCUUUGCAAGUGAUGGACAAUGUGGCCUCUCUCCCAGGGGAUAUAAAGCUCUGCAAAGAAGCUAUUGAUGUUCUGGCGACGAUUUUGCAGUGUGUCCCUGAGGUAAAAACUGAUCCAGAACCAUCAGAAGAAGUCAAGGUAUCAGAACACAAGCCAAAGCAAAUGGAAUCUGAAGAAACUGAGCAGUCUAAACUGCCUGAGUACCUUACCCAAUUUAAAAUCCAUUAUUUGACCAUAUGUGUGGGCUCUUGCUUGUUAAAACAAAUGCCGUUGGUCUGACAUUGUCCAGGAUUUGUUGCCAAUUAGGUAUGUUAUCAUUAAAUAUGACUGUUAUAGCUUCUAACUUCAGUCUAGGAAGUUACAGGCCCACCCCCUUUUUUUUGGCCUUUAAACUACUACUAAUGUGCACAGUAUAAAUUAUUAGACUGGUGUCCGUAAGGAAGAUUCACAUACACAUAUUAAGGCUGUCUGGAUUUUUUUUUUUUAAUUUAAAUUGUAUGAAAUUAUAUGCAAAUAUAUUGCAGACUUAGGCUUCUGUCAGGUUGCCCUUGGUCUGGCAAUGUCUGGGCAAACCCCUGCCUUAACACUACUCACAGGUAGUAGAGUUUCUCCUUUUGCUCAGAUGAUAUUGACUUGUGUUUUUCCAGCUGAAAUUGGUUAGCUCUGUUGUUCAUACUCUUUUUGUAUAGGGGUAGCUGAUGACAAUGGUGUCUCUGUGCUACAUUUUCAUUCCAUGUUUACUUCAAGAAAUUACUAGGACUGUUCGUUUCAUGCGUGGGCUUGCUCUGCCUGGCUUUCCACACAUGCUUUUGGAUUCAUUUCUGUGCUUUGUAUUCAAAGAGGCUGUUUUUGGAAACAGCAUGAAUAAUCCUUUGCAGACUGGCUAACAAGAAAGAUGUUCGGCAGAGUGCCUCCUCAGAGGUGCUGAGUGCCUUCCAUCUCUGCUAAAGAGACUGGAAGUAGAGGAUACUCACCACCUUCCAGGAUCAGGCCCCUAGAGUUAUAAUUUAGAUUGUAUCUGAUGUUGUCCUUGUAAUAAUUACCUGUCCUCAGAUACCACACCAAGGCCUACAGUUCAGUACAACUUUCCUCCAGUAAGUCUUACCAGCUGUUUAAAUGAUCAGUGGGCAGGGCUGUCAUUACAUAAAGGCUCUACAGACAGCUCAUGUGAGGCACCAAGCCAUACACAAACCAUUCUGUCUAAAAGCAGUGUUCCUUUUUGGACUGUCUGCAUGUGGAGCCCAGGGGAAUUGCUUUAAAAAAAAAAUCAAUGAGUUAGCUAUUUACAAAUGGCUUCUGGCAUCUACAGCCUGUUAUUUUUCUAAAUGAGUUUCAUUUACGUAUUAGUGUAUUUCCGGAGAGUCAAAGAGUUCAGUUGUUAUAGGUGACGGAAGAUCAUCUAGUUCCUCAUUCUUUUGCAUUUCUUUUUGUUUAAUGUCUUGGCAUGCGGAAGUCCCUCUCCUCAUCUCUCUGCACUCCCCUCCUCCUCGUAUGCAGUAGGAAAAGUUUUGGAGUGAUUUUUAGCAGUUAUAUUUAAACAAAAAAAAGACUAAUUUGGCAGCAUGUAAGUAGCUAUGAGGAAUGCCGUCCCCACAACCAGAUAAGUACUAACUCGGCACAUUUCUGAAUGACAUGCCAGUAUGUUUACUAACAAUAUUUCAAACAAAAUAAAAGAGCUGCAUGUCCAGAUAUGAGCACAUAUUUGCAUGGUCUGGUGACGUCAAAGCAAUUGUUGAUCUUUCAGAGUUUUACAGAAUCCGCUUCUCAGCUGUUCCCCCCCCCCCCCCCCCCCCCCCCCAGCAUCCAUCAAGGUCAGGCAGUCUAAGAAGUGCAGAGGCUGCUAAAGGAACAUUGCAGUCUUCUGGGCACUGCAGAGCUGAGCUCCAUGGCAACUCUCCCUGAGCUGAGGGGGGGAAAGAUUUUGAGCAGAAAGAGGAGAAGGAAGAAUGUGGUCAGUGGGUCUGUGAACUGUAUAGAACACAGAAUGGGUUGGGGCAUGGGCUUCAGCUUGCAACAGGAGCCCUAGCCCAGCUGUCUAGGUGCCCCAUAUCUGCCUUCUUGUUUGGGGGUGAAUUACACAGAGACACUGCAAAGCCCUUAUUCAGCCUUUGUGCAGGGGGCUAUGGUAGAAACAUAGCUGCACACUCUGAAGAGGAGACACUAUUUCAUGCAUCUCCUAAUAGAGGUCAACUCUAUGAAAUAGAUAUUAGAAUUUUAUUUAAACCACCACAGUGUGAGGAAAAUGAGAUCCUUUCAGAAGAGUGAGCAAAGGGUAAACAUCUGCUUUUUAAGCUGCUUGAUGCCAUGUCAUCUUCCUCCUCCAGGUAGAACAACUCCUCCUGUUCUCUGGAAGGUUGCACUGACAAUGGCAUUUUACUGCCUUAAUGAUGCAAUAUCAUACUAUACCUUAAGCUUCCAGAAAGCCACAAAUGGCCCUGUUGAAUGAUCUAAGUCUUGAAGCACUUACGCAAAUUAAUAUUUGUGUGCUUCAUCAGCAUACUCCACAAGAAAUACUGCACAGUCGAUAUAUAACAAAGCUCAGAAAAAAAAUACUGCAUGGCUUCCUAACCAAGUUCUGCUGUUCACUACACUGGUGUAACCAAGCGUAGAGUCCAUCUCUGAAUAAACGGCGCUAAAGCAAGAACUAUUACAAAGUCUGUAUAAGCAUAGCUGAGCUUCAGAUCACAUUAGUUGGAAAACAUCUAAUGGAAUUUGGUAGUUCACAAUGGCUGCAAGGACUCAUGGGGGCUAUUUAGUAAGCCAUUACGAAGAGACUAUUUAAAUGAUUUGCAUCUGUUGAAAGGGAUUCUAACAGAGGCAAUCCAAGGCAAAGCCUUACAUCAGCCUUGGCUGAUCAUCUAGUUGGCUGGUCAUCUAUCAUUUGAUACGUAAGAGUUUUAUUUAUGGUGUUAUUCUUUAGUUUUGCAAGUUCAGUCAACUCCAGCACUUAACCGAAUUAAAAAUUGAUUGUUUCAGCUUGGUUAUUGCCAAAUGAAAACUAAUUUAGACUGUGUGUGUUUGGGACAAAUGGCAAAAAUGGACAGUUACUAUAAUGGAAUCACUUUGCCAAGAUAAAUGUAUAAGUUAAAUUAUCCCCUAGGAAUGGCAGUCAACAGUUAAAUAAAAACAGCCAUUU